GUGGUUGACAUGUAGUUACAGCUUCUCCCUCACUGCAAGAGUCCAGGAGAAAGCAGCUUUCUUGGAACUUCAGAGACCGCUGGCCUCUGCCCAACCCAGCUUGUGAAAUAUGAGCACCGAUGAGGAUUAUUAUGCAUACCUCAGUGCAGUGUCCAAAGAAGACUACAACUAUGAUUUUUUUCCAAGAUUUAGCAAAAUUUUCCUAACCUUCAUGUACUCAUUUGCCUGCAUCUUUGGUGUGUCUGGUAACACACUGGUUCUCAUCGUGUUUAUUUUCCAUGAAAAAGUGAAGACGGUAACUGACAUAUUUUUAGUGAGCUUGGCUACAGCGGACUUAUGCUUUCUUGGUACGCUGCCAUUCUGGGCAUACUCUGCUGCUCAUGAGUGGAUCUUUGGCACUUUGGCAUGUCAAGUCAUCCGAGGCUUCUACACCUUGAAUCUGUAUGGCUCCAUGCUGACCCUCACCUGCGUGACUAUCGAGAGAUAUUUUGCAGUUGUCCAAGCCACCAAGGUCCAUGUCAGCCAAUCCAAAAGGACAAUCUGGGGCAAAGCGAUCUGCAUUUUUCUUUGGAUUGUUUCCUUGGCAUUUGCUUUGCCACAAUUCAUGUACAGCACUCAGGCAAAAUAUGACAAAAUAAUAUGCCAUGCAAAUUACUCUACGCUUCACAUGGAACAAGCCAUUGAAAUCACCCAGAUGUCUCUUGGAUUCUUCUGCCCGAUGCUUGUCAUGCUUUUUUGCUACUUUACCAUUAUAAACACUUUGCUCAAAGCAAAGGGUUUCAACAAACACAAGUCAGUGAAGAUAGUAUUUGCUAUCGUCAUGACAUUUAUUUGUACGCAGGCACCCUACAACUUGCUGAAACUGAUUCGUGUUGUGGACCGGCAUGUCCUCCUCAGCUGGUAUUAUGAAUAUGCACUGAUUGUAACAGAAGCAAUUGCUUAUUUCCAUAGCUGUCUCAACCCUGUCCUCUAUUUCUUCAUUGGAGUGAAGUUUAGGAAGAAUCUGAAGAAAAUAGUUAAAAAAAUUGGGUGUGCCAGAUAUCGAGAAAUGGCUAAGCAAUGGCAGACGACUGAAGACGAGGGCUCAAAGACCUGCACUGCUUCCAACAACGCAGAAGAAACAAGCCUGCAUCCACUGUAGGAGGUGCAUGCCCCAAUACCCUGAGCACGGCUUCAUUCUCAUCACUGAUAUAAGCCAAUGCCACAAACGGCAUCUUCUCAAGGAAACUGUACUAUUUCCAGACUAUGCAAGUUUUCUUACAUUAUUGCAAGAGUGUUAAUUAAUCUCAUUGCAUUCCUGUUUCCAGUGCUCUGGGGGCAUCUUCUGAGAAAGGACUGAAUUGUGCUAAAGUGCAGCAGCUUCGUGAGGGACUCUGACAGGAAGACUGAAUUGAAAUGUCUAGUUUACCUCUCUUUAUAGCUCAUGGCUGGUAAGAAUGUAAAUUACCACAGUAAGAACUAUUAGCUUUCUGGCCUGGUAUAGGAAACUGCAAACCAUGUUUACAGCAUGAAUUAUUAUAGCAUGAAUCUUUUACCUUUAAAGAUGCUUACAGUAUGAGUCUUUUUAAUAUUAAAUGUUCUUGGAGAACAAAAGUAUGGUGUGGCAUCAA